AUGAGGAAGAAAUCGGACCAUGGACUCAUGGUCGAACCUGGAAGUUGGGAUGCGGAAGCAAUGAAAGGAUUAUACUGGUCACUCAUAAAACGAGCUGAUCUGCUUGUACCGCACAAAUACCACGCAGUAUGGAACCAUCCUGCAGGGCCAAAAACAAUCCAUUUCUGGGCUCCUCUGGCAAAAUGGGGACUAGUUGGUGCUGGACUGGGUGAUAUGGCCCGACCUGCAGAAAAGUUGAGCAUCAACCAGUCAGGAGCUCUGACAGCCACUGGUUUCAUCUGGUCGAGGUAUUCGUUGGUCAUUACCCCGAAGAACUGGAGUUUGUUCGCAGUCAACUUCUUUGUUGGACUGACUGGCCUCUAUCAGGUCGUCAGAAUUUACAGGUACAAUCAGUCAAAAAAGACGGAAGUUUGAUGGCAUCAUCAAGGCCCUGCGUGGAAUUUUAGGUGAAUUUAGGCGUCUAUGCAAAAUUUUGCAAUCUACCUAAACUGAGUCAUUCCUCAAAAGGGUUCCUGAGGGAUCUGUGAUGGUCAAAAGCGGGAAAAUCUUCCUAGAUCCAUGAUUUUCCUUGUGGUGCAAUCAUAAAAUUAAAGUUAAUCCCUGUUGAAGUGUUUUUUUUUAAAGCGGGUCUUUCGUAUGAGGGGUACUAUAGGGGAUUCAAUGAAUCUUGUUCAUUUGUUGCAUGUCUUAUAUUCCGGUGAAUGAUUAAAAACAAUAUUCAUACUC